AUGGACUUUUUGGUUGAUAAGAGUCAAGCAGGCUUUGUACCAGGAAGAUUAUUGAAUGACAAUAUUCUGCUAGGACAUGAGCUUGUAAAAGGAUAUUGCUGGAAAGGAGUCUCCCCAAGAUGUAUGGUCAAGAUAGAUAUGCAGAAGGCAUAUGACUCUUUGGAGUGGGUAUUUCUAGAGCAAGUGCUUACAGCAACGAACAUACCUAGUCAAUUCCUGAAGUGGAUAAUGACUUGUGUGUCCACUGUUUCCUAUUCAAUUAUGAUCAAUGCAAUUUUCUGCCUCAUCAGGGUUGAUUGCCAACCAAGGAAAGAGCUCUAUAUACUUUGGUGGAGUACCAAUACAAGUUUAACAGCAGAUUCUGAGCAGCUUGGGUUUCUUCAUGGGAUACCUGCCUUUUCGAUAUCUUGGUCGUUUGCAAUUGAUAAAGAGUGUGAUGAUAGCUAUUCAAUCUUUCUGGUCACAGAUCUUUCCUUUGCCAAAAAAGAUCCUGAUAAAGAUUGA